AUGGCUCCCCUUAUGUCCUACAUCCUGGCCCUCGGUGCCCUGGCCAGCACCGCCCUAGCCACACCUACCUACCCUGCCGAGCCAAUCAAGUACCAAAACAACACUCUGUACACCUACAGGGAGCAAGGCUGCACGGGCCACUCCUUCAGGUUCGUCGACUUCCAGCCCAACGUAUGCGCCGUCACCAUCACCCGCCCCGGCCUCAACAUCAGCGAAGCCAUCGCCGCCAAACUCACGCUCGUCAAGUCCGGUCGCCUCGUGCGCACCGAAAUCGGGUACACGAACCCCACCUUCGUCGCGUGGAACGAGGGCCCAGCGAGCAACUCGGAUGGACCCCUUCAGUGCGGCACGGUUCGCGAUUCCGAGGUCGUCAAGGGCAACACGCUGUGCCUUAGCACUCCUGACAACGAAAACGACCACGGUUACAGCUACUACCGUGACGAUAGCACGGAUAGUUCGUCUGGCGUGCAGAAGAGGGAUGCGCCCCGCUGCACGGGCGAGCAGUACCCUGACUCUGUCAUUAUUGCUGGAGUUGUUUACACCCUUGUCGGUGUUCCUACGGAUGUUGUCAUUGAGCUCAUAGUUGCAGUUAUCGACGGUGCGGUUUCCGUUAGGGCUGAGCUUGAUAUUUACAUCAUCGGUUAG